UCUCUCUUUCUAUCGUUUUCCACUGCUACAUAAGCACAAAAUCCCAAGAAAUAACUAGCUGCUCAAACGAAAAAAAGAAGAAGAAAAGAAUGGAAGAAGAUUGGGGUGAUAUUUUCAGAAGUAUUCAAAAUUUUGUUUCACCAGAACAAGAAAUAGCAGAAGAAAUUAGAGAUAUUGGAGCAGAUAAUGAAGAUUACGUCAAUCGGAUGCUUGGAAGAGAAAAUAGAAUUGCCAUUGCUGGACUCACCAGCUGUCUUCCUUCAAGAAUUAUGCACCAUGGCUGGCUUCUUCAAGUUCGCAAUACUGCAAUCGACAACAUUGUUACAAUAGGAGGACCUUUUGGGGUCAGACAAAUAACUAUCUACGCAGCAGUGACUUAUGUUGAUAGGUUUCUUUCAGUAAUGCCUAUAAAGAAUGAGAGAUUCAGGAUACCAGUGUUAUUGGGAAUGGCAUGUUUAAAUUUGGCUUCUGAGGUAUUGGAGAGAUAUGAACAUCAAGUAGAUUUAUCGGAAUAUGAGAAAUUUGCAGAUUAUGAUGAGACAACUAUAAUGGAUAUGACUGACCAUGUUAUUCAUCAAUUUGGUGAGACAGUGACUUGUGUUACUCCUAUUCAAUUCACCAAAUAUUUUCUAUCAAGAUUCUGCAGAGAUAAUACAAGAACAGAAUAUGCCAGAAUCAAAACUGUUCAUGUCAUCAUGAGUACACUUGGAGAUGUCAGGUUAAUGAGUCUGAGACCAUUUAUAGUAGGAUUAGCAGCAACAUUGUUGGCGUCAAAUCCAAAUAUAUUGAAUGAGGGACAGAUAGCGACUGAGAUUUCUGCCUUGCCUCCAAAUUGGCUUAUCCCACUUGAUGAGGUGUGUUCUUGCUAUAAUCGUUUGCUAGAGACUAACAGAGAGAGACUUGACAUAAGCUGACCUUCACUGCUCAAAACGGAUUUCUUAUAAUUGAUAAUGUGUGGUACAGCUACAAUAGAUUGCUAGAGCUGAACGAGCACAUAUGAGGAUGAUGACAAACAACCACAGCAGAAGAAACAUUACUGUUGUAAAGAGUUUUUUGCCAGGAAUUUUCUGAGUAUUCAAAUUGUAAUUAGCCUUCUUUCUGUUAAAUGUUGGACAUAAGAAAAUAGACUUUUUGCUGAAAUCUCAACAGUGGGGUAAAUAGGUGCCAUAGCUGUUAAAUGAAGAGUUAACAGGGGAUCCAUGUAUUGAUUUUAGUAUAUGUUUAACUGAUUCAUUGAUAGUACUAGUAAUAUUUUAGGACA